UCUGUCAACCGCGCUAAACUCAACUGCACUAAGUUCCAACAGACUCUGCUUGGACUUUUCACACACCAAAACUUUUCCCGGAGAAAAUGUCCACCAAUUCUGGACAUCAUUGAUGAUCAUUGAUGUAGGUGAUGGAGGGAGAAGGGGAGUUGUUGGAUUUGAGUCACAUCUCAGAGGCAGAGCAGACAUCCAUCUUGGAAGUGUUACUAAGGGACUCGAAUCUGCGUUGCCUCGAUGAGGGGCGUGUAAGGACCCUGCAGCAGAAAGAGGUGGACUCAGUGCGUCUGAGGUUGCUGUCAGGGGCGUGGUUUCAUGAGGAGAGGAGCAAGCGCUACCGAGACACAAAGGAUGGCGUUGACAUCGUACAGGCAUCCAUACGAGGCAGGAAGCCAAGAACAGAUUUGUCUGUGAGUGGGGUGUUUAAAGGGCAGACAGAAGAUGCUCCUCCCACUAACAACAACGACCCCAGCUCUCAGAUAGAGGACAAGAAAGAGGAGGAUGACAAGAGAAGUUACAGGAGUCCACCUACAGCCAGACCCAGACCCAGACCCAGACCCAGACCCAGACCCAGACCCAGACCCAGACCCAAACCCAGGAGCCCAAACCCACAGGAUACAAACUCUGUGUCCAGUGUUGUGACAGAAGCUGAUCUGACGCCUCUAAGGCCUGGGAUCUCCAUCAGCACUCUAAGUCUACAGUCUAACUACACACUAAGUGGCAGUAUGAUGAGUCUGUUCAGUUCUGGGGAGUUUGGGGUGGUGGAGGUGAAGAGGCGUGUCCUGUUCUCAUUGGACUAUGACACUCAGAGGGAGAAGCUACAGGUCAGAGUGUGUCGUUGUGAAGGCCUGGCUGCUGCACGCAAGAACCACUCUGACCCGUACGCAAAGGCCUAUCUCCUGCCUGAUAAGUCGUCUCACACUAAGAAGAAAACAACAGUAAAGAAAAAGACCCUCAACCCAGUCUUUGACCAGACACUAAAAUAUAAGAUCAGUCUGUCAGAGGUGCGUGGCAGGACUCUGAACCUGUCUGUGUGGCACGCUGUCCCCCUGGGUAGAAACCUGUUCCUAGGAGAGGUAGAGCUGCAGCUGGCUCACUGGGACUGGACACACACAGACCCUGACUGGUACCAACUACAGCCACGGUUACAGUGUAGUCCAGAGUCUAUCAGUAGUCGAGGAAACAUCAUGCUCUCUAUCAAGUUCACCCCAGCAGGAUCUGAGGGUGGAGGUCUACCUCCAUCUGGGGAGCUACACAUUUGGCUGCGGCAGGCGCAGGGUCUUCUCUCCACCAAAGGUGGCGCCAUCGACUCCUUCGUCAAGAGGUGGGUUAGAGCAGGUGUUCCCGAACUUUUUCACACAGGCCCCACUUCCAGCAUUGGGAAACAUCCCGUCUAACAUCCCGUGCCAUGUCUAUUUCUAUGGGUAUAAGCACUGUUCACACCCCCUCUUGUUGGUGGAGAGAACAGUUUGCGGAUUUUAAAGAUUAUUUCCCACAAUUCUGCACAUUUUGUCAUGGGGUGCAGAGAAAGUGUUUCAGUUUUAAAGCAAAUUUUCCUGCAAUUCUAUACAUUUGACCAUUUAUAAUGUUUAUUCAGGUGAUAUUUGAGUGGCUGAGAAACGCUAGCUGACAUGUUAGUUGAUCUGGACAUU